AUGGAUGCAAUUCUAAGUGUAUUCAAUGGGAAAGACAAGAAUUGUUUAAUAGCUAUUUGCCUUUGUGAGUUAAAGCAUCUCCAGGAACUAGAUAUCAGCUAUAAUAAUCUCACUGGUUCUUUGCCUUUGUGUUUCUCGAAUUUGACAAACCUUCAAGCUUUAGAUAUCUCUUCCAACCACUUCACUGGGAAUAUAUCCUUGAGUCUCAUUGGAAGUCUCACGUCUAUUCAAUAUCUAAGACUUUCACACAAUCACUUCCAAAUCCCAAUGUCACUUGGCCCAUUUUUUAACCUUUCAAAACUCAAGCAUUUGAAUGGUGACCAUAAUGAGAUAUACGAGUCAACAGAGCUGGUACACAAUUUGAUUCCAAGGUUCCAGUUACAGUGGCUUUCUUUGGAAUGUACCGGAUCCGGCGGGACAUUUCCAAAAUCCCUGUACUAUCAGCAUGACCUUUAUUUUGUUGAUCUCUCACACAUCAAAAUGACAGGAGAAUUUCCGAGCUGGUUGUUACAGAACAACACAAAACUUGAAAAGCUUUAUUUGGUCAACAAUUCUCUUUCAGGAUCUUUCCAAUUAGCAAAUCAUUCCCUUGUGAGGCUGUCACAUUUGGAUAUCUCGAGAAAUCACAUCCAUAAUCAAAUUCCCACCGAAAUUGGAGCAUGUUUCCCGAGGUUAGUGUUUUUGAACCUGUCCAGAAAUGAUUUUGAUGGUAGCAUUCCCUCUUCGAUCAGCAAUAUGAGCCUCUUGAAAGUCUUAGAUUUGUCCAACAAUAGCUUAUCAGGCAACAUACCCGAGCAGUUGGUGGAAGGCUGUUUAUCAUUAGAGGUUAUCAUGCUUUCAAAUAAUAAUUUCAAAGGCCAGCUUUUCUGGAAAAAUUUCAACUUAACAUACUUGACAGAGCUGAUAUUAAGAGGGAAUCAGUUAACUGGGAUUCUUCCGAAUAGCUUGUCUAAUUGUUCUGCAUUGGAAGCAUUGGAUGUCAGUCUCAACAAUUUAUCUGGUAAGAUACCGAGAUGGAUAGGGUAUAUGUCUUCUCUUCAAUAUUUAGACCUUUCAGAGAACAAUCUUUAUGGAAGUCUACCAUCCAGCUUUUGUUCUUCAAGGAUGAUGACAGAAGUUUAUUUAUCUAAAAAUAAACUAGAAGGAUCACUGAUUGAUGCAUUUGAUGGCUGCCUGUCGCUGAACAGAUUAGAUCUUAGCCAUAAUUAUUUUAGAGGUAAAAUUCCGGAGUCAAUUGGUUCUUUGUUCCAGUUGAGCUUUCUUCUUUUAGGUUAUAAUAAUCUAGUAGGUGAAAUCCCAAGCCAGCUGUGCAAACUAGAGAAAUUAAGCUUGAUUGAUCUUUCUCAUAAUAAUCUGUGUGGUCAUAUUCUUCCAUGCCUACAACCUAGCAGCAAAUGGUAUCGGGAACGAGAAGCAUCUAUAAAUCCUUCUGAUAGUGCUCCAGGUCCUAUUAUGCCAUUUGCCGCUGCUCCUAUUCCUUUGGAAGAUCCUUCUGUGAAUAAAGCUUUUGAGUUUACAACAAAGAGUAGAUCUUAUUCAUUCAAGGGAAUCAUCCUCACUUACUUCUCUGGUAUCGAUCUCUCCUGCAACAAUUUGACUGGAGAGAUUCCUUUUGAGCUUGGAUACCUUAGCAACAUCCAGGUGUUGAAUCUAUCCCAUAACAGUUUAACAGGUCCAAUACCAUCUACAUUUUCAAACCUGAAGGAAAUUGAAAGCAUGGAUCUUUCCUACAACAACUUGAACGGGGAAAUUCCUCAUCAGCUUCUCAACUUAAACUUCCUUUCUGCUUUCAGUGUAGCCUACAAUAACUUAUCUGGCAAAACACCAGAGAUGGUUGGACAAUUCUCAACAUUCAACAAGUCUAGCUACGAGGGAAAUCCGUUGCUUUGUGGACCACCGCUCACCAAUAACGACAUUGGAGAAAUAUCACCAUCACCGUUGCCAAGGUAUAAGACUGACCAAAAUGAAGAAAAUGGCUUCAUUGAUAUGGAGGCUUUCUAUGUGACAUUUUCAGUAGCAUACAUCAUGGUCCUGUUGGCAAUAGGUGCAAUUCUGUACAUAAACCCACAUUGGCGACGAGCAUGGUUUUACUUUAUUGGGAAGAGCAUCAAUAAUUGCUAUUACUAUCUUGUAGACAAUCUACUUGUGCCAGCCAAGUUCAGACGAUUUCAGCCUUGUGUCUGAAAUAUACUUUAUUUAGAAUUUACAUUUUCAAGUCGUGAUUAAUCAAUAAACCAGUUAUAUAUAUAUAUAUAUAUAUCAUGGUCCUAUUGGCAGAGGAACUUUAUUCCUAAAAUAAAGUGUGGUUAGGGUUCUUGUUUGGCCUUUUCAUGAAUUCUGUACUCGUGUCUUUUGAUUCUUAUUGUAGUUGGUUCAGGUUUUGUCAAAAAUCUCACAAGACAAUUCAUGAUUUUUAUUGAGUAGAAACUUUCCAGUUCA